AAAUUAGCCCAGAAAAUUACCAGUUUCGCGUAGGGGAAAUGCCAGCUGAGCUACACUUUCAGCGAGGUGACCAGUUUUCCCCCCCACCCCACAACCGGUCCGGUUACUCGAGGGAAACGGCGAAGGGUUGAGUCAUUUCGUUUGGGAAUAAUUUUACUUCAAUUCGAGAUUGAGGAUGGGGUUUUUUUUUUGCACUUUUUUUUUCUGCCAAGUGAGCCUGCGCUGACCUGGUGAUGUCCCUUUCCCAGGGGUACCUGACGGAGGAUGUGCCGGGGUAAGGUCGGUCUCAGUGCGCGGGGGGUCCGUGGUAAUGCUGUCCAGGUGCAAGUUAAAACCGACACUUUGUUUCCUUUCCCCCACAGGAGGCGGCGGAGUCCGCGCAGCCGAUAGCAAUGCGCGUGCGCAACCCACCGACCAAUCGGCCUGCCCGCGUUGCCGGCGGCCAAUCGGAAGCAAAGGGUCGCACGCCGAUCCUUCAUUUGCAUAACGGCGUCUAUAUAGAGCGGCGCGGCGGCGGCUCCGGGCACAAGUCCAGUGGUGGGGGGUCGCCGCCGUCGAGGGGACGCAGCAGCGGGUUCGAGCGGGCGCGAUGCCGGAGAGCGGGGCCAAGGUGAUCGCCAAGAAGGGCGCCAAGAAGGCGGCGUCCAAGUCGCACCACAAGGGCGACAAGCGCCGCAAGAAGGCGCGGCGGGAGAGCUACGGUAUCUACGUGUACAAGGUGCUGAAGCAGGUGCACCCGGACACCGGCAUCUCCUCCAAAGCCAUGAGCAUCAUGAACUCGUUCGUCAACGACGUCUUCGACCGCAUCGCCUGCGAGGCGUCCCGCCUGGCGCACUACAGCCGGCGGCACACCAUGUCCUCCCGGGAGAUCCAGACCGCCGUUCGCCUGCUGGUGCCCGGCGAGCUCGCCAAGCACGCCGUCUCCGAGGGCACCAAGGCGGUCACCAAGUACACCAGCUCCAAGUGAGGUGGCCCUUUCGUCAACCAAACGGCUCUUUUCAGAGCCAACUGCCAAUCACUCUGUCCAGGAGAGCUCUUGGCCAAUGCAACUAAUGUUGAAAAUGUGUUGCUGGUUAAAGCGCAGCAGGUCAGGCAGCAUCCAAGGAACAGGAAAUUCGACGUUUCGGGCAUAAGCCCUUCAUCAGGAAUGAGGAGAAGGUGCCGGGCAGGCUCAACUAAUGCUCCACUUGCAUCCACCGAUGCCCAUCUCCAUUACUUCCCACAUUGUGGCAACAUCUGCGUGAUGGGCUUACAUGGGGCAACUUCUGCCCGAUGCUUGGUUUGUACAUUUUCCCCCAUUAGCUACUGCCCUGAAGUUUAGAACCACCUGUUAAGACAUUGUAGACCCCCUCUGCACGAUCAGAUGGUGGUCUGUCAGGGAUGGUGUUAGGGCAGAUUACCUUGCCCCUCUUCCACAGUUAAUGUCAGAGCCGAGGAGAAGGAGCAUGUGAUGUCCACCAAGAUCCUUGAAAUUUUCGUGCAGAGGUGGGCAGUGCAAGGGAGUGUUUUAUUUUCCCCUCCAACACUUGAUUUAAUCUCUGCUCUCGCCUUCACCUUUUGAUCAUCAACGUUGCCCUCCCUGGAGAAGAACACUGCUUGGCACUGGCCACUCGGCUGUUUCCUUUCUUCCUGCUGAUGGAAUGUAAAAUAAAGAUUUAAAUACUUGUUCUUCA